UGGCUGGGAAGAGGAAAGUCUGGGUGUCCCUACUGAAGCUACUGCCCCUGCGACCCAACCCUGGAUAAGCAGUAGAAAAUUGAUGGAAAAUGGAUAGAAGGAUGGAUGGCUUUUUAAACCUGUCACAGACCUGCUAACUAGUUUCCCCUUCACCCAAACCCCAGGUAUCCUGAUUCAUGGAAGGCUGUAGGUAGCUGUUAGACUGCAGUUCAGACCUGCUUGGUGAUUACGUGUGUGGCCCGUGUUUCACUCGUACUUCACAUCAUCAGCCCAAAUACAACAGAUCACUUCCAUCCCAUGAGGGAGCCCGGGCCUCAGUUCGCAGGCGGGAUGGUGGCAGGAGAAGUUCAGAGACUGCCGGAUAGCAAACGCCACCUGGGGCGGCUCUCCAAGACACCUCAUCCAGGCCGUAGGACACCACCGGAAAACCGCAAGAAGCUCCAAGUCAUCAUCUGCGUUCUGCUGGUGGAGCUAUGUGAAAGAUUCACAUUUUUCGGCAUUGUCUGCAACAUGAUUCUCUUUUGCACCGUGAAGCUCGGCUACGACAACUACAUGGCUGCAACGGUCAACUUGUGCUUCAUAGGAGCCAGCACCCUCACCCCGGUGCUGGUUGGCUGGUUCGCCGAAACCUGCUUAGGAAGAACCAAGGUGCUCUACUUGUGCACUUUCCUCCAUUUCUUUGGCACGGCCAUGCUACCUGUGGUAGCGUUCCCUUUUGAAGAUUUUUACAUUGACACUCAUCAUAUGAGCCAUAAAUUGGAACCUCAAGAGCAGCAGGCCCUGUUCUACAUGGGUCUCGUGGCUGCUGCGCUGGGCAUUGGCGGCAUCCGGGCCAUCCUCUGUCCCUUGGGAGCAUACAGCCUACACAACUACAAUCAGUACCAGCUACUGGGUUUCUUCAACUGGUUCUACUGGUUGGUCAACCUGAAUUCCACUGUUGUGUUUCUGGGCAUUGCUUACAUCCAGCAAUCUGUGGCCAAAAAUCUGGGUUUUCUAAUCCCCUUUACGUCUGCACUUCUGGCGCUCAUUGCCAUACACAUGAUGCGCAGCAAACUCACCUACAAACCCAAGAAAGGCGGAUCCUUACUGACGACGUUUGGAGUGUUCUUAAACUCGCUCAAGAUGUGCUGCCUUCACUAUCGCCACCUGAGUGGAGAUGUGCCAUCAUGGCUGGACCGGGCUAAGGAGAACAACGGCGGGCGCUACAGUGAGACUCACGUAGAGAACGUCAAAGUGCUGGCCAACCUCUUCCCUCUUUAUGGACUCCAACUACUAUACCGAGCCUGUGUCACUCAGAUCCCCUCAGGAUACUACAUCCAGACGAUGAACUCCAACCUUCACCUGAGUGACGUCCUCUUGCCCAUCGGCACCAUGAACGUGAUCAGCAUCGUACCUCUUCUCAUAUUGGCCCCGCUGAUUGAAUGUGUGAACACCUGCGCCCUCUCCAUGGCAAAAACUCCACUGGCGCCCACAAGAGUCAUUACUCUGGGACACGCGUGUGCAGCUCUGUCCGUCCUGUUGGCAGGUGUAUCUGAGCUGCACAGGAAGGCCUUCCCCCUGGUGGAGCAAACCCUCUCCGGGAAGGCUCUGCAAGUAUCGUCCAUGCCGUGUUUCCAGCUGGCUCCGCAGUACAUCCUACUUGGACUGGCUGAGGCUCUGGUCAUUCCGGCAUGUUCCCUCAUCUCUUUCCAGCUGACCCCUGGCCACAUCCGAGGAAUCUCGCUGCACUUUCUCACACUGUCCUACGGGGGAGGCUGCUUCCUAGGAGCCAUCUGCAUUCAGUUGGUCUACUUUGUGUCUGGAGGUUCCUUUUAUCCAAGUGUCCUGCAUGAUGGGAAUCUGGAGAGAUUCUUUUUCGUAAUGGCCACACUGAUGAUGAUUAAUACUUUGGUGUAUUGGAGUAUAUCUCACAGAUACAUAGAUCUGAGUGUGCGGGGUAAAGCGCUGACCACCAGCCCACUGACAGAAAAGCUCCUCCAAUACAAAGCAUGCCUACGCUACUAUGACACCGUGGACCACUCGUACACAAACAACUCGUGUGACUCGAUCAUCAGAUUGAGUUGAAAAUUCAUCUUUAUGCUCUGUGGCGCUGGCGCUGCUUGCUGCUGUGUCAUAUUGAAUGUACUUUUGCCGUUUCAGCAUGAUUUGUGAAGAACUCUCACCGUUAUAGCCACGUGGCAGCCAUAUUGUGACAGAACAAUUGAAAAUAUAAUGGAUUGAUUUUUUUUAACAAUGGACAGUUUGAAACAACUGCAAGGAUAAUUUUUUUCUAAAAUUGCUACUUUUGAAACAUACAGUGCUGUGAAAAAGAAUCAGUCUAGAAAG